ACCUGCAUGCUGACAAAUCUGUGGUGGUGGUGGAGGCAUGUGUACAUCUGCAUUCAGCAAGUAAAGCUCAUUUAGUUCAGAACCCAGAGAAUGGAGAAAAGAUUUUUGGCCAGUUUCUGAUCUUAAAAUUUCCGAUCAGCGAAGGAGAAACAAGAUAACUGGAGCAGGCAGAAUAGGUGGAGUUAAACAAGCAACUGCGUCCAAGCUUGAGUAUGCAUGCACGCAGCUGGAGGAACACGGGGUAGCCGACUGUCAGAAGCUGGAGUACAGUCCACAAGGCUUCAUUACACCAAAGUCUGGAUUAGUUCCAGUACAGUCUAUGCAUUUACUAAAUGCUGUAAAGAAACCGGUUUUCUUAUGGUGGUGAAGUGUCGGAAAGAGAACACAGCACUGAAGGAUUGCCUGGUUGGCUACUAUUCUGAUCCGUCAUUCUACGAAGAAUGCAAAACAGAAUAUUUGAAGCAAAGAGAAGAAUACAGAGCAACUGGAAUUAAGAAAAAGAAACAGAAGAUUACUUCAAAUAUAUAAUUAAAAUUUAAAAUGAACUUCUCAAAUUUUAUAUCCAACUUAACUUGAUUUAAACAUUUCUUAUAAAUCAUAAGUACUCCUGUGUGGAAUUUAGCUGAAAUUCCCUACAUAAGAUGUAAAUAAAAUCUCUGAACUU